AUGAGUCAAACCAUUGACGAGUCAGAGAGAUUUGCUGUUUCUGUGGACAAGCAGACGUCCCGCUGUCCUCUGUGUCAGGACGUCCUAAAGGAUCCAGUCUCCACCAGCUGCGGUCACUGGUUCUGCAGACGCUGCAUCUCCUCAUACCGGGACCAAUCUGGUCCACCAGGAGACUCCUGCUGUCCCCAGUGUGGACAAAGACCCAGGACAGGACGUGGACCACAGAGCAUCUUUGCAGAUGUUGGUCUGCAGAAGGUUCUAGAUGAACAUAAGAUCAGUCUGAGGAGCAGAUUUGAACAUGUGACUGAAGGAACUGAAGGAACAGGAAGUAGAACCCUCCUGAACAGGAUCUUCACUGAGCUCUACAUCACAGAGGGACAGAGUGAAGAGGUCAAUACUCAACAUGAGGUGAUGCAGCUGGAGACGACCUCCAAGAAGAAGACGGUCCAGGACACUCCCAUCAAGUGCUGCGACAUCUUUAAAGCCUUACUUGUCCAGCAGGGGAGCAUCAGAGUUGUCCUGACCAACGGCGUCGCUGGUGUAGGAAAAACCUUCUCGGUGCAGAAGUUCACUCUGGACUGGGCCGAGGGUUUGGAAAACCAGGAUGUGAAUCUGCUGAUUGUGCUCUCGUUCAGGGAGCUGAACCUGAUCAGAGAUCAGCAGCACAGUCUUCUCACGCUGCUCCAUGUUUUUUAUCCAACAUUAGAGAAGGUCAGAGCAGAGGAACUCGCUGUCUGUAAACCUUUGUUCAUCUUUGACGGCCUGGAUGAAAGCAGACUUUUACUGGACUUCAGCAGCAGGACGCUGGUUUCUGACGUCACACACAGGUCAUCAGUCAACGUGCUGCUGACCAACCUCAUCCAUGGGAAUCUGCUUCCCUCGGCUCUCGUCUGGAUAACUUCUCGACCUGCGGCGGCCAAUCAGAUCCCUCCUACAUGUGUUGACAGGGUAACAGAAGUACGAGGCUUCACUGACGACCAGAAGGAUGAGUACUUCAGGAAGAGAUCCAGAACUGAAGAUCUGUCCAGCAGAAUCAUCUCACACGUCAAGACGUCCAGGAGCCUCCACAUCAUGUGUCAAGUCCCAGUCUUCUGCUGGAUCAGUGCUACAGUUCUGGAGCACAUGCUGACCACAGAGCAGAGAGGAGAGCUGCCCAAGACCCUGACAGACCUGUACUCACACUUCCUGCUGGUUCAGACAGAGAGGAAGAAGAACAAGUACGAUAAAGGACAUGAGACGAGUCCACGGGAGCUGAUGGAGGCCGACAAGGACUUUCUUCUGAAGCUGGGGAGGCUGGCCUUUGAACAUCUGCAGAAAGGAGACAUCAUGUUUUACCAAGAAGACCUGGAGCGGUGUGGUCUAAGUGUGACAGAGGCUUCCGUGUACUCAGGAGUUUGUACAGAGAUCUUUAGAAGAGAGAGCGUGAUCUUCCAGAAAUCAGUCUACUGCUUUGUUCAUCUGAGUGUUCAGGAGUUUCUGGCUGCAGUCUACAUGUUCCACUGUUACACCAACAGGAAGACAGAGGUACUGCAGGACUUCUUCAGACAAGAAGAUAAAGACAGGAAGACAGAGGUCCUGAGAAAACCUAAUUUUAUUAACAAGCUCUCCUCAUUUUUUGGAAGAAAAAUGGAGAGUGACUUAUCUCUGGAUGUGUUCCUGAAAGCAGCCAUGGAGAAAUCCCUUCAAAGUGAAAAUGGUCACCUGGACCUGUUUGUUCGCUUCCUUCAUGGACUCUGUCUGGAGUCCAACCACAGACUCUUAGGAGGUCUGCUGGGUCAGACUCAGAACAGUCCAGAAAUCAUCCAGAGGGUCAUUGAGAACCUGAAGGAGAUGAACACAGAGAACAUCUCACCUGACAGAAGCAUCAACAUCUUCCACUGUCUGACAGAGAUGAACGACCAAUCAGUGCAUCAGGAGAUCCAAGAGUUCAUGAAUUCAAAGAACAGAGAACAGAGACUCUCUGAGAUCCACUGCUCAGCUCUGGCCUACAUGCUGCAGAUGUCUGAGGAGGUUCUGGAUGAGUUGGACCUGAGCCAGUACAACACAUCAGUCCAGGGGAAACAGAGACUGAUUCCAGCUGUGAGUAACUGCAGGAAGGCUCGGUUGAUAAACUGCAGUUUGACAGAGAUCAGCUGUUCUUCUCUGGUCUCAGCUCUGAAGUCCAACCCCUCACACCUGAGAGACCUGGACCUGAGUCUGAACCAUCUGCAGGAUUCAGGAGAGCGUCCUCGGUUGGCUCAAGAUGGCGACCUGGGCGGUUGGAGUGCGGUGAGCUCCCAAACUAUAAGUUGUACCACGUCAAAAAACGGCAACUAA